AUGCAAGUGAUAAACCACAGGAUCAGAGAGUCCUUCCAGACGAUAUCAGAACAGUAUCAGCAUUUGCAUGCCUUGCGUAUUCGUGGCUUGAGUACACCUCUCUGGCUUACUCCUAGGUUUGUAGCAACACUGAGGAAGAAACCCUUCUUGACCGAAAUCGAUGCUCAGCUGUAUGGCCUAGACUGUGAAGGCGUCGAGAAAUCAAUUCAGGCACUCACAUCAGAGGAGAACAGCGUCAACUUGACUGGCAUACGAUUGCCCAUCUGGCCAAGACACAACCACCAUAUGAACCCAUUAGGCACGUGGCGAGAUACCAUUAGACCUCUGCAUGACUUUGAGGGACUCACUCACCUGGAAUUGGAUGCUGUCAGCUUGUCUUAUGUCAGUACGUUAAACGAAGGCGAUGGCUUUGAUUUGGAUACAAUAUUUAAUAUCCUUCCGACAUGGACAACUCUUAAACUGAGUGGAUCUACCUUGCAACUAUCUGAACAAGCAUGUUUGCAGCGAAAUCUCCCAACAUCCACCAGACUACAUGAGCUAGCCUUGCACAAAAUUGCCUUUUCGACGUCCAUCACGGACUGUCUGUCUCGGCACUGCCCUAAAUUGAAGCGACUCAUCAUGUAUGAUUGCCAACAACAGCAGAGCCACGAUAACCAACAGCUCAAAAUCAGUAUAGAUUUGCAGCCCCUCGAUCUUGAUUUAUUAGUACUCUAUCGAGUACGACACCCAUACCAAUCGGCAGAAAGUCGUGCAUCUUCUGGUGCUCGCUAUUUGUGUAUGAACGGUCAAGAUUGGUUGCAUCUUUCCGUCAAGCACGACAAUGACACUUGCGAAGCGAGACCAGUGCGGGACCAAUCCAAAAUCAACCAAAUCACUGGUUACAACGAAAUCUCGCGGGAAAAAUGGAAUCCAAGCCGUGCAAGAUACUACACCGAGGAGGGAUGGCUGCAGGAUGUGGUCUUUGGUUAUAUCAAUGUGCGAUGCAAAAGUGCGAACAAAGUCUUUUUGGACGAGAGCCGUGUUAUAUCAUAA